UGACGACACAACAAAGGUAUGAGGAAAGUCUGAUCUGCGCUACUCAAUCAACGUAUUCAACAUGGAAAACGUGUAUCGCGCCAUAUACUCGAUUUUGAUUUUGGUGUUCAUUUGUGGCUGUUAUGCGGGUAAAUUAAGGAUAAUUGAUGGAGAUUUUGUGGAGUCCAUCGAGGAGUAUCCGUUCCAAGUAUCUUUUCAUAACAAUUCGAUACACAUUUGCGGAGGUUCCAUAUUAAAUAAACGUUAUAUUCUGACUGCAGCGCAUUGUAUACGUCUCUCUAAGGAUGAAGAGCUACUCCAACCAGAGCUUACGUCGGUACGAGUUGGAUCACUUUCAAAGAAAUCUGGUGGCAAAGUCUACCAAGUGGAAGGGUUUAAAGUCAAUCCUUUUUGGACAAAAUUUACCAGGAUGCCUGUCUACGGUGAUAUUGCUUUGAUUAAACUGAAAGAAGACAUAGAAUACAACGAAAAAGUACAACCAGUAAUUUUACCUGCUGUAAAAAAUUACUCGGUUCCAAUUGGAUCCACUGUUACCGUCGUGGGCUAUGGUUUCAUAAAAUAUCAUCCUAUACACAGAAUCGAGCACGACGACGAAAACGAAUUCUUACGUUAUACGAAAAUGCAAGUCUACAAUAAUAAAAAAUGUAUAAAAGAAUACAGGGAUUUCAUCAAGUCUCAUUACGAAAGUGGAGAAUUAAGAAAACAGAUUCUGGUCAACAUCAGAACCAUAUGCUUAAAAGGCCAUCGCCAUUUUUGCGAUACCGACUCUGGAGGACCAGUACUUGAUGAACACAAUGUCCAAGUUGGCGUUGUACAAUUAAACGUAGAUUGCGGCACUGGACAAGGAGCAGCGUAUCCAAGCGGCGUAACGGACAUAAGACCAUGGUUAUGGUGGAUAAACCAAGAAUUAUCAAAGGAAAUAUAA